AUGCUGGACGGACUCAGGCGGCGGCACGCCUCACGUUCCUCCCCGCGGCCCCUCUCCCUCAACUUCAGCACCUUCUCGGCGCCUCCCCCGAGCCCGGACUUGGACGGCGGCAAUGAGCAUCCAAUCAGGAGGACUCUGCACCGCCUCAAGCUGAUGAGCUCGCCCAGCCUUAGCGAGCUAGCUAAGAGCGACAAGGGUUCACCGGAGGACAGAGGCGAGAAGCAGAAGAGGGCGGGAGCUAAUGCCACCUGGAACAGCAUCCACAACGCCGUCAUCUCAGUCUUCCAGAAGAAAGGUUUGGCCGACAACGAACUUUACGCUCUCAAUGAAGGCGUCCGGCACCUGCUGAAAACUGAGCUGGGUUCUUUCUUCACGGAAUACCUUCAGAACCAGUUGCUGACAAAGGGCAUGGUCAUCCUGAGGGACAAAAUAAGGUUCUACGAAGGUCAGAAAUUACUGGACUCUCUAGCAGAGACGUGGGACUUCUUCUUCUGUGAUGUGCUCUCCAUGUUGCAGGCCAUUUUUCAUCCAGUCCAGGGGAAGGAACCGUCCGUCCGCCAGCUGGCUCUGCUCCACUUCCGGAGCACCAUUGUCCUGAGCGUCAAGCUGGAAGACGCCCUGUCACGGCCACGGGCGCGAGUGCCGCCUUCCGUCACGCAGAUGCUGCUCGUGUUGCAGGGUGUCCACGAGUCACGCGGUGUGAAUGAGGACUACCUGAGGUUGGAAUCUUUGCUUCAGAAGGUGGUAUCGCCUUACUUGGGAACUCACGGACUUUAUUCGGGAGAUGACACGGAGGACCACUGUUGUGUUUUAGAGAAGCGCUUCCAGUGGGGCUGGUCCAAGUCGGCCGAGCACCUGUCCAAGAACCCCGUGGUACGUUCCAAAAGCUACAACAUUCCACUGCUGCUGACGCCAGUGGCGGAGUACGACGCAGACUGCGGAUCGGUGGGCAGCGGGGGGAUCCGCCGUCACUCGGCCUGCGAGAUCUCCUCCUGCUUAGAAGAGCAAAAGUUGAACUACGCUGAGCCACUCUGCGGCUCCGCCUCCAACAGGCUUUGUGUGGGCUCGCACUACAAAGGUGCCAUGGCGACAGGCGGCGCCUCCGCCGAUCUCCCUCCGUCACCUCCGUCCAUCCUGCGCUCGUCGGGGGCCCUCCACGGCACCGAGGCUACCACCACCGUCACCGACCUGGGCCGAGCGGCGUCCUGCUCGCCGCCCAGCGAGUCGUCCAGCCCCGAAACCAUCAUAGGGCAAGCGCUCCGCUCCGCCGACUCCGACUCGGACGGGAUAUUCAUCGACUUCCCGCCUCGCUCGUCCGCUCGCGAGAGCAGGCAAAGCACGGUGUAG